AUGACGCUCUUCGUCACGAAGACCCACAGCGACCCUACACUGGCGGGUGAUAUUUGCCGAAUUUGCUUGGAGGCAGAGGAUGCCGUGAAGCGGUCAGAGUUGUUCCGUCCUUGCAAAUGCCAAGCUCCAGUCCAUCGCCAUUGUUUGGAUACCUGGAGAACUGCUGGCAUGAACCCAGCAAACUUGACUCGCUGUGAGGUGUGUCAAUAUCACUACCGGCUUGCGGCAGAAACUAUGCCUUGGAAGGUUCAUUUGAUUGUGUACGGCUUGGCUUUUCUUCAAAUCUUUGCCUUUUUCGCGAUCGCACUGACCGUAGGGCAGGUAAUUCGGGCCACCGGCAUUGUGGAUGAGGUCUACUGGGGAAAGGUGACUUUCUUGAAGCCUGAGACGGCUCGUGGCUUUCUCUUCAUGGGUGUCUGCUUCAACUGCUUUGCCAUUGGCCUUGCCACCACCAUUUACCUUAUCGUCGGAUUGGCCACUGGGCGGUUCCGAAGGCGGACCAGCGACGCGCGCCGUGAAGGCGAGUGGUCGCAGACGGCCCGAGGGAAGCGGCGGAGGAGCAACGACUGUUGUAGAGACUGCUGCUACUCAGACGUUUGGGAGACCUCCUGCUAUGCGUGGUGCUACCUGAAUGGCCCGAAUUGCUAUUGCUCUCCCUGUGAGUUUGGCUGUGCAAGCUGUGAUGGAGAGUGUACCCAAUGCUGUGACUGCAAAGGUUGCUGGGGUGGUGGCUGUGGCUGUGGCGAUGGUGCCGGAGACUGCGGUGCAGUGGCUCUGGCGAUCUUUAUCGUCGUGGCACUGGCCCUUGUUGUUCUUGGUUUGCUGGUUCUUUUUUGGAGUGUGCUGGCCAAUGUGUUCUAUGGCCUUUGGCUCAACCAGAGCAUCACACGCAACCUGGUUGCCCGCAGGUACCAUGUUCUGAACUACGUACCCACCUCCGAGCCGCCAGACAAAGCAGCAGAGCCAGUGGAGGCCCCGAACAACGCGCCUCAACAGGAAGUGAUGCCCGAAAGGCCCAACAGGGUCAAGCACGAUCAGCUGGACGAGGAUCACCAGGAUGGAUCACCUUUGCCGCACUCAGUGGAGGAUCCUCGCAUCCCCCCGAACCCGAAGGAUGUUGAUGACAUGGCCUAG